CCCCACCAGCCAUCUCGACGGAGCCGGGCCCACAUGUCAGUGGGACACCCCCUAAUAUGAAGGAAUGGUCAAAAAAAUGCAGACGUGUAUCCAAAUAAAAACAGCCACUAUGCUACAAAGGCUACAGCUUUGCAAUUCUGAACAAACCAAACCAAACCAAAACAAAACAAAAUCUGCCGCCCUCGAAUUCUCGAUCGCCGUACUAGUAUAAGAAUCCCCCCAUCCUCGAUCGAUCGAUCCAUCACCACGAAGAUUACGGAAGAUCAUUCUUUUCUUGCGAGAAAAAUCUGUUCUUGGGAGAGAAGAUUUGAUCUUUGAUGAUGAUGGGGUACUUCCGGGCGCCGAGGAGGAAGGCGGCGGCGGCGGCGGAGGGGGAGAGCGUGCGGGCGGCGCUGCUCGUCGGCGGCGGCGGCGAGGAGGCGGCGGUGCCGAAGGGGUACUUCGCGGUGUACGUGGGCGCGGAGGCGAGGCGGUUCGUGGUGCCGACGAGCUACCUCCGGCAGCCGGCGUUCCGGGGCCUCAUGGAGCUCGCCGCCGACGAGUUCGGCUUCGCCCAGGAGGGCGGCCUCCGCCUCCCCUGCCGCGAGGAGGACUUCCAGGCCACCGUCGCCGCGCUCGACGCGCGCCGCCGCCCGGCGAGCGGCGGCGCGAUCAUGAGCACCAUGGUCAAGGCCAGGUCGUUGUAGCCACUAGCCCGCCAUAGGAGAGAAAAUUUCCAGAGGAAGAAUUCUUUGGUUGAUUCGAUGUGGCUCGAUGUACACAACACAAGCAUGGUGAUCUGAUCUGAUCUGAUCGAUCGAAAUCGCCAUUGUUCAUGUACUUUGAUGAUGCGUGUGAUGGAGCGGUAGAUAGAGUGGUAGAAACUAGAAACGAUGAAAAAUUACUGUUGAUUCUGCAAAAGACUCUGAAACUGACAUGAAAGGUGGAAAAAAAAAAGAGUUGCAUCCUGAUCUUAUAUAUAUCCUCUCUCUGGUUAAUCAGAAGCUUUAAUUUGAUCAUAAA